AUGAACGAACAAGGGUCGAAGAAAAUACUCUUUAACAAAUCUACAUUAUUUAGUUUGAAGGCCGAAUUAUUGCGAAAACAAGAGGAAGUGAACGAGAAGAAACAACAGCCGAAGCAUAAGUUGGAGAACUUUAAACCUCCUGUUGUCGCAAAAGGUAAAGAUCAGGAAAAGAACACAAAUAAAGAAUACAAAAAAUCUUUUAAAGAUAGUUUAAAAGCUAUUGAUGCUGAAGAAUUGGAAGCUUGCAGGAAAACAAAAUUAGCUUUAGAGAAAAAAGCUGUGCUCUAUGAACAUUUAUCAGAUAAUGCUGGAAGUUCACAGCUAUCUGGGAGGUUCCUUGUUGAUUUUGAUUCUAAAAAGAAAUCUGAAGUUUCAACAGAAAACAAGAUAGAAGAACUGCCACCUAAUUCAGAAGACUUUCUUCAUCAAGAAGAUGGAGAGGACAGUGAAUGGACUGAGUUCACAGAUUUCCUUGGGCGCACAAGAAAAUGUCAUAAGUCAGACCUAGAUAAGUAUAUACAGAGAGACAGACAACUAAUGAAAGUGAUGACUAAGAGUGAAUCAAAUAAUGGUGGAACUGAACCUGUCCACAGCCAGUCCAACCUGAACGAACAUGAAAACUUGAGCAUUAAUUCUCAACCUCAGGUUUCUGAUACACCUAUAGAAAAGCCGCUACUAGUACAAAAAACAAAUGACUACCUACAGUCAUUGCGAGAGAAAUGGGAGCAGAAAGAACAGGAACUGCUUUCUAAGGAAAAGGACAUACAUUAUCAAGAUUUAUUAUUUGACGAGGCACGAAUUCACGGAGUGGGAUAUUAUGCUUUUAGUACUGAUGAAACUGAACGUAAAAAACAAAUGGAAGAGCUUAUAAAGCAGCGCGCAGCAACAUUGAAAGCUCAGCAAGAAGCAGAUCAAAUUCGGAAGAAACGGGAUGAGAUGAUGGCGGCUAGAGUCGCGGCGGCAAGAGCUAGACAAAGAGCACGAGCUGGUUUACCACCUGAGGAACCUAAAGAAGCCAACCAAAAGGACUUCACUACUUGUUUAUUAGAAUUUCUGACACAACAAAAGAACGAGGCAGAUGCUAAAGCAACAGAAGAAGAAAGAAAGCUAAAAGAAGAAGCAGAAAAAGAAAGACAAAAACUACGCGAGGCCUAUGUACGAGAGUGGGAUAUUGGAAAGAAAGAUGUUGAGGGUAAACUUAAGAAAUUUAGAGAAAUGAGCCAGGAAGAAUAUGUUGAAUUACAGCGAAGUAAAAGGAUAAACGAAUUUGCCCCACUACAUACAUCUACCUCCAGUAAUUUAAAUGUUUUUAAUGACCGUGGUAAAAUAUUAAAAUAUGACGGCACACCUACGACAAAUGCUUGGGAUGACGGGAGAUUAAAACCCGUAUCACCUCCACCAUCUAACAUAGCUGAUCUACAUGAACAUGUUCAUCAAAAGACAUGGACAGACGUAAGACCAAGUAGAAAAACACCACCCCCUCCAGAUAUUGGUGACCUGAGUGAAUCAUCACAAAAAGGAUUAUAUUUUACAUCAAACAAGAAAAAAGAAAACAACGUAAAAUACAGGAAUUUUGUGAAAGCUCAAGAACUGACUCCUAUAGUUAAUGAAGUAUAUGAACCAGAAGACGCUUUUGAAAAUAGAGAAGACACAAGAGAUCAUGAAACAAGUGGUACAGAAGUAGCACCGCCACCAACAUAUGACUAUUAUGGCCCAGUUGCCAAAAAGGCGAAGUUUAAAAAACCUUUUGAAUCGGAUAUAAGAGAAGCCUAUGCUCAAGGUGCAAAAAGUUUAGAAACGAAAAAUAGCAAUCGAAAGUUGCCACAACACUAUGAUUUUACAUUUGACUAA